AUGUCCAUCAACUUCUCUCCGACUCCUGCUGAGCUCAACAUUGUCUCCCAGAUAUUCGCAUCUGCAGAUCCCCAGAAGCUAGGCGUCCUCACCGGUGACGUUGCCGUCAGGAUCUUUGGAGGUGCCAAGCUGCCCCCAACAGUCCUCGGUGAAAUCUGGAAUAUCUCAGAUGAAGACAACAAGGGCUGGCUCCCCAAGAAGGGCGUGGCUAUGGCAGUCCGCCUCAUUGGCUGGGCGCAAAAGGGGGAAAAGAUAACUCAGGCCUUGGUCAAUAAAGCGGGUCCCUUGGCCGUCAUUGAGGGAAUAACUACCGUCUCUCAACAGACUACGGGAAUGUCUCUAUCUAAAUCUCCCCCACCUGCCGCUUUUCCACCAUUGACACCUCAGGACAAAGUCAAAUUCCAGAACAUGUUCCUCAAAAAUGGUCCGGCAAAUGGCUUGCUGAGUGGUGAAAAAGCCCGCGAUAUUUUUGUCAAGUCCAAGUUGUCAAAUGAACAACUUUUGCAAAUAUGGAAUUUGGCUGACACUCAAGAUCGAGGCGCCCUUGAUGCAACGGACUUUGCAAUUGGAAUGUACUUCAUUCAAGGGGUCAUGACAGGAAAGAUAUCCUUUAUUCCCACCUCACUUCCUCCGGGUCUAUACCAGCAAGCUGGUGGCCAAGUUCUUAAUAAUGGCAGUGUCCGGUCACAUAUGACUGGGAACAGCGGGUCGUUUAGUCCUGUGAACAGUGUUUUCCCGUCUCAACACACUGGGCAGAGUCAGAUGUUACAACCUGAAUAUACAGGUGGUGCAUUCAAAGCUCCGACUCUCCCGGCGCGCCCUCAGGUAACAGGACAAGGCAACGGGCGCGCCCUUGAGUGGGACGUCACCCCAGCCGAGAAAGCCUCGGCUGACCGAUAUUUCGAAUCACUGGACACGCAGAAGAAAGGAUAUAUUGAGGGUGAAGUCGCUGUCCCUUUUAUGUUAAAGUCUAAUCUCCCCGGCGAAGUCCUCGCCCAAGUUUGGGACCUUGCUGAUAUAAACAAUGACGGUUGCUUGACUAGAGAUGGAUUUGCCGUAGCUAUGCAUCUCAUUCAGAAGAAACUGGCAGGUAAAGAUAUCCCUGCAACUCUUCCUCCCUCUUUGGUGCCUCCUUCCGCACGCGCAGCGGUACCCACUUCUUCUCCAUUCGCGCCUGCUAUCCAACCUCAACAACCCGCUGUCGAUCUGUUUUCCUUUGACGACACUCCUCCCCCUUCUGCUAGUCCUGCACAGACAGUGACAUUCUCUCCGCCCACACUCCAACCUCAAUACACAGGUGCCUUCCAAGCCACCCCAGUUAAGCAUACCCCAGAGCCUGAUCCAUUUGCCGCGGCUUCCUUCAAUACCUCUCCUAAUCGAGACCUCUUGAGCGACGACGAAGUCCAUACCACAGCUUCUCCGCCACUUCAUGAUCAAUCGGCUGAAAUUGGCAAUGUGAAGAAUCAAUUGCAGUCGACUAACAGAUCUCUGGCUUCGGCGAAGCAAGAACGCGAAACUUUGGAGCAAUCUCUUGCUAAUCAAGCUGCACAGCUGUCUACGUUCCAGACCCAGCUAUCUUCCGCCAAGGCUGCAUAUGAAACUGAAGUCAACCUUCUUGCGACAUUAAAGGAGAGGCGCGCUACCCAAGUUGCUGACAUUCAGAAGACCAGGGAAGAACUUAUCAGGGCUGAGAGUGAUCUCAGUGCCAUCCGCGUUGAGAAAGCAGAAAUCGAGGGCGCCUUUUUACGCGACAAGGAGGAAGCUAGGGAUCUUCAUAAGCGUAUGGUUGAGGCUGGUCAGCAAGCAGAGGCUCUGAAAGCCGAUGUUGAUAAGCUGAAAAAAGAAGCCAAACAACAGAAGGGCUUAUUGGCUAUUGCUCGCAAGCAGUUGAGUACCAAGGAGGCUGAGAAGGCAAAGGUGGAGAAAGAUCACGAGGAAGCUGUGGCCGAGUUGAAUUCAGUCACUUCGGAGAAGGAAGGCGUAGAGACUGAGAUCACCAACCUUGAGACAGACAUCGCGAACCUUACCAAAGCCACAGAGGAGGCAAAACUUACGCGUUCCGUUUCUCCUGUUGAUUCUUUGGGCUUUGCUGCUGCUCAACCUCUGCCAGUUUCACCUGAAGUCGCGUCCCCGACCUCUGUUAAGAGCAAUAAUCCUUUCGAACGACUGGCUAUGUCGUCUGGUAAUUCCACCCCUCGCUCACAGUCUCCCUUCCAACCACUUGCUGCUAGUUCCAUUCUUUCUUCACCUCCCGUUUCAGUGAUUUCUCCCUCGAUGACGGCGAGCACUGCUCCCACAGAAACUAUGCAAGAGGCCUCUAAGCCAAUCGAAGGUCUUCCUGUGACCUCGGACGACCAUCCUACGACUGAAUUGUCUUAUCUGGCAGAUGAUUCGACCUCCAACACCCUUGAUUCUGUACUCUCUCCGGGUACUGCCAAUGGGACUGAAUACUUUAUGACUCCUCCUACCAGUGCGCAGGACGAUGCAAAAUUGGAAGCUGUGGAGAAAUUCCCAUCUCUGGAUAGCCUUCCGGCACCUAUCGCGUUACCUUCGUCUUCUGCGACAACAGCGGCACCCACAGCUGCACCUGCUGCCCCACCUGAGUCUGAUCACCAUGAAACUGAUUUGAACUCACGACUUAAAGAACUUGAUAUUGAUGAGUCUGAUUCCGAUAGUGAUGACGACAACGUACCCUUGGGUGCAAAGUUAAAUGCCAACGGCAAAGUUCCUGUCAUUACACCUCAGAAAGUUGAACCAGCAUCGGCUCCAGCACCUGCCCCAGCCGCCAAUGUUUCUUUCGACGAUGUCUUUGGAUCUGAUGAACACAAGGACACUACCGUUACUAACGCGUUCGAUGAUGCAUAUGACAGUGGUUUUGUCACAUCAACCACCGCACCUCAGGACACAUCAGUGCACGCCUCCGAACCAAUUAAUCAUUUUGAGGCUCCCAAGCCUGCUGAAGCGAAACCAGAAAUUGCUGGAGUGAACGAAUUUGAUCAAACUUUUUCAAAAUUGCCUUCGUCGACGGCAGCUACACCUGCCACAUUCUCUUUCGACGCCGCCUUUGAUGACAACUUCGACUUUGCCUCUGCAUCCAAGGCGAACGAUUUCCCCCCUGCUCCAAUGAUCAACGAACCGAAAGAACCCUCUCAGUCAAGUGUAUUCGAUGAUGCAUUCGGGGAGAGUUCGGCACCAGUUCCCAGCAUGACUCCUCAGCCUGCAGUUAUCGCGCAACCUGCUGCUGCUGCUGCUACAUCUCCCACAAAUGCUCCCAACUUUGCAACGUCCUUCGAUCAGGCGUUUUUUGACUCUGUCACUGCCCCGAAGGUGGAAGAUAAAACAUUGACAACAUCGCCAGCACCAAUGGCAAACGCACCUUCAUCAUUGCAGUCUGUGCAAGGGUCAUUCCCAUCGUCACCUGCGCCUGUCUCACCCAAGGCUUCGGCCCCUUCACCACGAUCCUCAGACGUGAGCCAUGGCCCACCUCGAGAGAGAUCUCCGCCUCCCCGCAUGGUCUCUCCCAAACCGCGCCUUUCUUCGUCGUCUUCUAAAGAAACCGCUGAGAAGCCUCAACCUGCUGCUCGUCACUCUAAAUUAAGCAUUCGCUUGCCAUUUGGCAAGAAGAAGAAACACUCCGAGCCUAUGCCUGCACCGCCCGCCGCAUCAACCCACCUCACACCUCCAAUUGAAGAGCCACAAAGAACAGCCACUCCUGCUAGUGAAGACGACGUGGAGCCUGUGAAGCAGCUCACAGCAAUGGGCUUUAGCCGUACUCAAGCAGUUGAUGCUCUGGAAAGAUACGGAUACGAUGUUCAAAAAGCACUAAACAGUUUACUCGGACAAUGA